AGAGAGAGAGAGAGAGAGAGAGAGAGAUGUGUGUGUGUGUGUGUUAAUUAUAUUACUCAACAAUAAAGUACAUUGUGCUUCUUUUCUCUAGUAAGCCAUUACAACCAUCGAUAAUUUUUUUUCUGAUAAUUCUUUUCCGUGGAUAGAUGCGAUACUUUUCCCGUUUUUCUUGUCCUGACCCUUUCUUUCCGGACUCUCUCCACCUCCAUCGCGUUGUAGGAAGCCGCAGGAGCCUGGCCAGUUAGCCUCGAAGCUUUUGGCAACUCAGCAUGUGGUGUCUUCUUUGCCCUCAGUCCUCUGCAUGCAGUGUCCAGCAGCAAACUGCUGAAAGAAUAUUGAGGAUGUUAUAGUAUAUAGGAAAAAGCAGAUAAAUGUAAUGAUAAUUAUUAGCCAACCUCGUUAAUUUAGUUCUAAGUGUAUAGCAUUUUACCACUCCAAGAAUGUGGCAAGAAGCAUGGGCAGGAGAAUUAGUGGGUGCCAAGCAGUGCUAGAGGGGCUGAAGUCACUGAAUAGUGAAUAGUCGACAGUUUGCCUCUCUUACCUGGUGGUGCACUACACGUUGGCAUGGAGCCUAAGGAAUGCGUUGCGGUAGCAGAGGGGAAGGAAAACGAAGAUAAUGAGGAAAAGGACGAUAAAGAGGAAGAUAGGAAGGAGAUGGUGGUGGACUUAGAGGUGCUCCGUGAUGGCUUUACUCCGGGAGCCAACGGGGAGGUGCCUCUGCAGGCCUACGUCAACGCCUUCACCGAGAUGAGCAACUUCUUCAAGCUCCUCGGACCCCUGUUUCACUUUGUGGCAUUUGACGUAAACAGAAAGUUGGCGCAAUUGAAGGAGAAGUUGGCGGGGGAGACUCGCCAACACUACGUUGACGCGAGGACCAUGCUGGACUACGAGGUGAGGAUGGGCGUGGCGGGAUGUACUUCACCUCCCUCCGGUGCCGUGUCAUUCCUCCACCUCCACCGGGGAUUCGAGUUCGCGAGUAACUUCAUGGAGGUACUGCUGGAGGAGGAAGAGGAGCCAUCGCUGGGGCAGGUGGCCUCGACGCUGUACAAGGCCACGGUGGGAAGGUUCCAUCCUCCCAUCCUCUCCACGCCCUUCUCCGCUGUGCUGCUGCUGCUGCCUAGUCGUGCCACCGUCAGGAGGAGGGUAGAUAGUGAAAGGGAACACGGAGCUGGAAGGAAAGCUCAAGAAGCUUAUGCCCGAUAUUAUAAAAGCUGUGAAAGAGACUUACGCCGCCAGCCAGACUCUGUACCAGGAACGCGACCUUCUGCUCAUCGACUGACGUAUGUUCGCGCUCUGGACCUUCCUCGCCAUCCCUGACCGACGAUGCUGCUAACGUCACUCUGGCGUUGGACGGGGGACGCAGCAGGAAAAGUCUUAGUGGAAAAAAAUAAAUUUGGUGGCAGAGGAUUUGCAGAGAGGAGUUGCGAGGGGAAAAGUUGGCGGAGGGAAAGUUUCUUUUUAACUAUUGUAUAUUUAUGUUUUGACAUGUAUGUAUGUGUACAGCUCGGCUUAUGAAAGGGUGUGCAGGAGCCCCUAAAAAUUAGCAGUUUUGUUUUUAGUCAUAUUUUAUCGUUUGUUUGUAUGAUGAUAAAGGAAUUUUACAUAAUAGAAAUGGCAAAACGUGUCACAAGAAAGGGCCUUUUUGAACAUGAACACUGAGGAACAUGCUUCUUAGAGUGUGUGUGUGUGUGUGUGUGUGUGUGUGUGUGUGUGUGUGUGUGUGUGUGUGUGUAGAUAGAUGGAUCAGUGCGUGAUAAGGACUCAAACAAAUAGUAUACAAAUUAAUAAAGCCCCGCAGAGUAGUUUGUAGAGGAGUAGGCAGCGCGGCGUGGGUGAUGUUGGGGCGUGACUGAGUGCAAGCAAAGGCUGUGGGUGUUCCCAGUGUUUAUCAGCCGGACGUGACGCGCUGCUGGAAAGCCUUACGUUAGGACACAAGAUGCAGGUGUUAGGUGUAAAGGCAUGAUAUUAAGACAAGGUAUAUAAGGUCAUGAUAUGAAGACAAGGUAUAUAAGGUCAUGAUAUGGAGACAAGUAUAUAAGGUCAUGAUAUUAAGACAAUGUAGGUGUUAUUGUAAGGUCAUGAUAUUAAGACAAGGUAUAUAAGGUCAUGAUAUUAAGACAAGGUAUAUAAGGUCAUGAUAUUAAGACAAUCCAGGUGUUAUGUGUAAGGUCAUGAUGUUAAGACAAGGUAUAUAGGUUCUUGAUAUUAAGACAAUGUAGGUGUUAUGUAUAAGGUCACGAUAUUAAGACAUGGUAGAUGAUAAAGGGAGGGUCGUGAUAUUGAGACAAAUUGUAGGAGUUAGGUGUGGGUGAUGGUAUUAAGCUAAGUGUUAAGGGGAGGGUGAUAACAUUAAGACAAAAUAUAGGUGAUGGGAAUGUGGUCAGUACAGUUUGUUUUCAAGGCAUGGUAGGUGAAAAGGUGAAAGUUGAAUAAGUCAUAUAAACACAAUCUUGUAUUACGUCUUGAUCCCGUUGAAAUCACCCACUUGACUGGGUUCGCAUUUUCAUUACGAAAUUUGUGAAGCAUGCUCUUCCAAGGAUCUGAGAAAACACUUUACAAAGAAUGUUUUAUUUCCAUAAA